CCCGCGCGGCGCGGCGCCAUGUCCGCCUCCAGGCUCUUCACCCUCGUGCUGGUGGUGCAGCCGUCCCGCGUCCUUCUGGGCAUGAAGAAACGCGGGUUCGGGGCCGGGCUCUGGAACGGCUUUGGAGGAAAAGUGCAGCCGGGAGAGAGCAUCGAGGAUGCUGCGCGCAGGGAGCUCCUGGAAGAGAGCGGGCUGACUGUGGACACCUUGCAGAAGAUGGGUCAGAUCACUUUUGAAUUUGUAGGCAACUCUGAACUGAUGGAAGUUCACGUUUUCCGAGCGGAUCAGUUUCAUGGAGAGCCAAAGGAAAGCGAUGAAAUGCAGCCUCAGUGGUUUCAACUGGAUGAGGUGCCGUUCAAACAAAUGUGGCCAGAUGAUGUCUUUUGGUUCCCGUUGGUGCUUCAGAGAAAGUUGUUUCGUGGCUACUUUAAGUUCCAAGGACAAGACACCAUUGUGGAACACACCCUGAAAGAAGUGGAGGAAGUUUAAGAGGAAGGCAGAAGCAUUCAUUCCACGUGCUGCUGCCCACAUUGGGCUGGGACACCACGAGUGCUUCCAGGGGGCUCCUUUCUCAGCUCCCCCACAAGAAGAGGCUGACUGCCAGCUCACAGGGAAGUAAAGAAAAUAAGGGGAUUUCUUAGAGCAGAAAUAAACAUAGUAAGAAUUUC